ACCCUAAUUAGCCUCAUCGGUAGUCCCCUGGUACGAUCUUGCUUCGCUCCCUUCAGCGGCCGCCUCGAAUUCAUCAAGAGAAAUGGGAGUCUUCACGUUCGUUUGCAAAAAAUCCGGCGACGACUGGUCGGCAAAGCAGCUCAAGGGCGAUCUCGAAGCGGAGGCCGACAAUACUUUUAAUCUCCAGCGCAAGCUCGUUCAAGCCGCGCUUUCCGCCGACUCGUCCGGCGCCGUUCAGUCCUCCUUCGCUCAUGUUACUCCUUCGUCUGCUGUUUUUCAGGUGAUUGUUGGUGGUGGACCUGCUGGUGCCUUUAUUGGCGGAGGUGCGGCUGCUGCACCUGCCGCUUCUGGCGGUGGUGGUGCCGCCGCCGAAGCUCCAGCAGCUGAAAAGAAAGAAGAAAAGAAGGAAGAAGAGGAGAGCGAUGAUGAUAUGGGAUUCUCACUUUUUGACUAGGUUUAUCAUCCGUAAAUCUAUACUUGGUUUUCCAUCAUACUUUUACCCCGGUAAAGCCUAGGUCGAUAUUUACUAUAAAGCAAUAUUUCAUCAUGAGUUACUUGCGAAACUUCGCUGUAUUAUAGUAUUCAGCUUCUACAUCUAACAUUUUUCAACAGCUAUUGUGAUUUAUAUGCAUUUUUGUGCAGUAGGAAGAAUAAUCUUUGAAUUUUGUCGGUUGUGAAAUAUAGUUUGGUUGUCCCUCUCCAUGGAUGCAUUGCGAAAGUUUAUAUGGUGUUCUAGAAAUAUUCAUUUGUUUGCCAAACCGAUUAGUAAAGAUACACAAUGUGGAUGAUAGGAUGGAUCUAUAUUGUUUUGCAUAUAAUUCAAUGAUGACUUUGCUAAUUA